AUGGACGCUAGUGCAUUUGAGAUUGAUUCUGGUUUAACUGGGAUUCCUUCUGAAGAUACCGCUGUUGGCGUUUCAGGUGGUAGAGUUACAAAUGAGGAAUCUGGAAAAAGGUUAUCGGGACAUGACCAGCAGAAUGGAAGCAUGCAUCAUCACAACCAGACUAAUGGCAGUAUCGCUUCAAAGAAUGAUAGAAGAUUCAUUGCACGUGACUGGUUUAAUAUCAAUUCAGAUAGAGACUGUGAAUUGAUGCAAAUAUUUAUCGAUCAAUUGAACAGCUCCAACCAUGUAAAUUACUCCAAGGCGUAUUUGCUAUUCAAGGAAAGGACUGGAUUCCCCUUUUCCGAUCCCAAACACAUGCGUAAGCGGAUGGAUCAAAUAGUGUACACUUUCAAGACUCAAGGGGAGAUGUUGCCAGAAAAUGUCAAACAGAUAAUAUCAGAAUACAACACUGCGUUGGAGGCUGCUAAACAAAGGGAUAGCUCAAAUCGGAAAAGGUUAAGUCUCAUGGAGCCUCUUGAAAUCGAUGAUGGUAAUAUCACCGGUAACAGCAGCGACGAGGACUCACACGCGAUGGUAUCUAACAGCAAUAAAAUUGGCAUCAGAAACAAUUCCUUGUCGUCCUCGAGCCAUUUCUACCACCAUAACCACCACAAUCCGCAGCAACAACGUAUUCACAACGAUCUACAUCGUCUCAGCUCAUCAAAUCUGAUAAGGAAACGGAAAUUUAGCGGUACUUCUUCACCCACAGAUGAUAUUACCAACAAAACUUUGAACAAAAUAAAUGAAAACGUUGAGAAGUUAACCAAGAUGUUGGAAAGUCACGACGCGCUACUCAAAAAAGUUGUUAGAUACUUGGAUAUCCAGCAUUCAAGGACCGAUGAUACGGAGAGUACUCAAAGUGACCAAAAUGAUGGUUCCAACAAUGCUGCUGCUGCUGCUGCGGCCGCCGCUGCUGCCGUCUCGGCAGCAAGCAACGUCCUAAACCUAAACCCUUCCCUUUCAGUACCUGACAUCGACCCCAACCAUGAUCCAAAUGUGUACAGUAAUGGUCACGUGAACCAGAGGUAA